AUGCGCAGUACAGCUCGACCCGUCGUGAAGGACCUUGUGGUAUCAGCAGCCCAAGCAAUAGUGCUUACAUAUGUAUUCAAUGAUAGCAGCACUGCUACUGCUGCCAAGGUCUGUGAAGUUACUGGCUUGCCUGUGGAAGAGCUCCGGCGGAUCCUCUUCCCUAUGGUCUACCGAGUCCGGAUUCUGAACAGAUCAACAGGAGGACCCGAGGAUAAGCAAGUGGCUGCUUCUGAAUCAUACACUCUCAAUAGGGAGUUACAGGAGAAGAAAAGGCGUAUCAUAGUACCACAGAUGGCCGUACGGGACGAAAAGGCGGAAGUGCGUGCCACUGAUAGCAGGGUUAACGAGGAUCGACAAUUCCUUCUGGACGCUGUAUUAGUCCGGAUCAUGAAAUCGAAGAAGACGUUGUCUCAUAACUCCCUUGUGGCAGAGACCCUCAAGGAAUGCAGUGCUACUUUCACUGCCGAGAUUGGUGAAGUUAAAAAACGCAUCGAGUCCCUCAUUGAGCGAGAGUACUUGGAGAGAGAUUUGUCGAGUCCCAGCACGUAUCAUUACCUCGCGUAG